CCAUUCCCCCCACCAGACUACAGGGAGUCCCGACCCGAAACUUCGCCUGUCCAUUCCCUCCACCGACCCGAGGAGUUGCUCCAGUCCACAUCAGAUACUCCUCAAGUAUCUUUGCUCCACACUGCGUUCUGCUCCCAUUUCCAUCGACAGAGGAUCCGCUGCCAGCAUCAAAGAUGGCGGCCGUCCGAACCCCACCCCCAACCCAGUGACUUCCGGCCGCGGUGCGAGGCGGGCAGAGGGCAUCCGGUAGCCAUGGCGGAGAAGCAGAAGCACGACGGGCGAGUGAAGAUCGGCCAUUACAUCCUGGGGGACACCCUGGGCGUUGGCACCUUCGGCAAAGUGAAGAUUGGGGAGCAUCAGCUAACAAGGCACAAAGUGGCAGUUAAAAUCCUAAAUAGGCAGAGGAUUCGCAGUUUGGAUGUAGUUGGGAAGAUUAAAAGGGAAAUCCAAAACUUAAAGCUCUUCCGCCAUCCUCACAUCAUCAAACUGUACCAAGUGAUCAGUACACCAACCGAUUUCUUUAUGGUGAUGGAAUAUGUGCCAGGUGGUGAGCUUUUUGACUACAUCUGUAAGCAUGGAAAGGUGGAAGAUGCCGAGGCUUGUCGGCUUUUUCAACAAAUUAUUUCGGCUGUUGAUUAUUGUCACAGACACAUGGUAGUUCAUCGUGAUUUGAAGCCAGAGAAUGUUCUCCUUGAUGCUCAAAUGAAUGCCAAGAUAGCUGACUUUGGACUAUCUAAUAUGAUGGCAGAUGGGGAAUUUUUGCGUACUAGUUGUGGCUCACCAAAUUAUGCAGCUCCUGAAGUUAUAUCAGGCCGUUUGUAUGCAGGCCCAGAAGUUGACAUUUGGAGUUGUGGUGUAAUUCUUUAUGCUCUUCUGUGUGGCACACUACCUUUUGAUGAUGAGCAUGUACCAACACUAUUUAAGAAGAUCCGUGGUGGAGUAUUUUACAUACCUGACUAUCUCAAUCGCUCGGUAGCUAAUCUUCUCAUGCGUAUGCUGCAAGUUGACCCUCUGAAGCGGGCAACCAUUAAGGACAUCAGGGAACAUGAGUGGUUUAAACGGGAUUUGCCAACUUACCUGUUUCCAGAGGAUCCUGCUUAUGACUCCAAUGACAUAGAAGAAGAUGCUGUGAAGGAAGUAUGUGAGAAGUUUGAAUGUACUGAGUCCGAAGUUAUGAACAGUUUAUAUAGUGGUGAUCCACAGGAUCAGCUUGCUGUGGCAUACCAUCUCAUUAUUGACAAUCGGAGAAUAAUGAAUCAAGCUAGUGAAUUUUACCUUGCAUCAAGUCCCCCAACAGGUUCAUUCGUGGAUGAUAACGGACUGCAUAUCCCACCUGGUGUCAAAGCACAUCCUGAACGGAUGCCUCCUCUGAUGGCAGAUAGCCCUAAGGCACGUUGUCCGCUAGAUGCACUCAACACUACCAAACCCAAGCCAAUGGCACUGAAAAAAGCAAAAUGGCACUUGGGAAUUCGCAGCCAAAGUAAACCAUAUGAUAUUAUGGCAGAGGUCUACAGAGCCAUGCGACAGCUGAAAUAUGAAUGGAAGGUGGUGAAUCCCUAUCAUCUGCGAGUGCGUAGAAGGAAUGCAGUAACUGGGAACAAUGUGAAGAUGAGUUUGCAGCUAUAUCAAGUUGAUAAUCGCAGCUAUUUACUAGAUUUCAUGAGCAUUGAUGAAGAUGUAAUGGAACAAAAGUCAGGCUCUUCCACUCCAAAGCGUUCAGGAUCGGCAGCUCUGCUGCAUAGACCGAGACUGAGUAUUGAUGCAGCAGCUACUGACAGCCAACCUUUAACUCUCGUCGGGUCACUCCCAAGCUCACUGACUGGAAUCUUGAGCUCUAUAACUCCACGUUACGGGAGUCACACGAUGGAUUUCUUUGAGAUGUGUGCUAGCCUUAUAACUACACUGGCUCGUUGAUGGUUUAAUUCAUUGAGAAAUCGGCUCUUUAAACCGUAAAAGUGUGCAAAAAAAAAUGCCAUUUACACUUUGCAAAACUGUGUUUUACUUCAGUACUUGUUAUUUGCGAUGCCAGUUUGCAGUUGGCGUUUUUGCCACUUUUGAUAUAGUGGAAGCUGCAGGGCAGUAUUUGCUCGUUGCCAUUUAGAAACUCUAUAGGCACACGGAGGGUUUAUUUAUUACAUUUCUUUUUGCCAGCCAAAUCCACAGGAUUAUACGGGUUUACAACACAACUGUAAAAAUGUAGAGAAGCAUAAAAUUUCAUUUUAAAGUGCUGUAUUUUAGAAUGUUAAAAAUUGGUGACAUUAAAGAGCAAAUGAGAUGUAUUUAAAGGAUUGUUGAAGAGCUAGGCUUGUUCACAUGAUAUGUUGGUGAACUGGAUGAGUGCGAGGUUUAGUCAUAAACCAAGUUGUGACUAGUUGGGAUGCAAAUUUCUAUUGAGGUUAGUUGUGGCUAGAAAGCUAUAAAACAAGUUAGAUAAUAAAAUUAGGUAAAAUUUAUGAAAAUUAAGUGACUGAUUUAAAAUCAUCAAAUGAUGUAUGCAAUUAUGAAGGUUUAUUUUAUUGUGAUUUUAUUGAUAAGAAGGAUGAAGUUUAAUAGAACUAUAAACAAGUGUGUGAUCUCUGGGUUAAAGUAUGAACACUCCUUUGGAAGCAUAUAUUUUCUCGUGUAUUUCUCUUCGGCACAUUUUUCAGUUGAAUAUGUCAGCAGCAUGUACUGCAGGAUGUAGUUGAACAUUUGCUGAUUCUUAUUUAAUUAACAUUUACCGUGUUUUAUAGUGCUUUACAGUGCAGACUGAGGGAUGGCAUUUAUCAGGGAUGGCAAAUUAUUAUAAAUGGUACAUCAAUCAGUAUCAUUAGGCACACAUCCCAAAUUAGUUUCCUUGAAUGACAAUUAUGAUUAACAUUAUUUUGUUUAUGGUUGGAUCUCACUUUCAGCUCGGUCUAGAAAAUGUAUUUUCAAAAAAACCUCAAGCAAGAUUACAGGUGCUGGAAUCUGGAAUAUCAAACAAUACUGGAAGAACUCAGCGGGUCAAACAGCUUCUGAGGAGGCAAGAGGUGUAAGGCAAUGUUUCUGAUCAUCAUCCCCUUCCUCCCAUCUAGUGCCACAUGUCACUGACCAAUCUCCAUCCUAAUCCCCUUUCAUAAAGCUGUUUACUAGCACUCUUUCCUGUCCCCUCUCAGUCCUGUUGCAGGAUUUCAACCACAAGAUGUACAGGUUUGUAGGCUAAUUGACUUGAUAUAAUUGUAAAUUGUCCCCAGUGUGUGUAGGGUGGUGUUAGUAGCAGGGAAUCGCUGGUUGACGCGGAAUAGGUGGGCCGAAGGGCCUGUUCCCGUGCUAUAUCUAAACUAAAAAAAAAACCUUUGGACACACCACCAUGAUUAAUGCUGAAAUAACUGGAAUAAAUAAUAUUUUGGUCAUUUUUACAUUAAUAAAUUUGUGAAUACCAUGAUAACAAAUUCUACUUUGAUUCCUAUUGUUGUUUACACCUUAUCACAAUGCCACUGAUAUGUCCAGUAUAACCACAGGAAUACUGAUUCCAAAAUGCAGAAUAUUGUUUUCAGAAAUAAUGAAUCAACAGUUAGCUUAAGAACAUCAUAGGUUUGUGCAGCAAUUGUAGCCAUGUGAAUGUUUAUUAAUUGUACAGAAAACUGCAUACAGUCCAAGAUUUUGCUGAGAACUGCCAAAACGAACAUUGAGAAAUGUCAGCAGUAAGUUUGGGAUAUGUGAAUAUGCAAAUUCCAAGCUUACUGCUUGAGCUCAUCCUUUCAUUUUCUAGCUGGAAUAUAUCUAUCGAGAUUUCUAGCAAUUAGAUGGGGAAUCUGCCUGUAUAUCCUCACCACGUUUUACGUGGCUUGGGAUCGACAACCCUGUUGAUUUCUAAAGAUUUCAAUGGCUUUGGAGACACUGAAAUAUUUAAACGUACGAAUAACCUUGACAGCCGAUAAAUCUGGGAACCAAGGAUUUCCCAGAUGUUAAGUUUACAGAGAUUUCUAGUGUCUGUAGACAGCUUCUUCGCAAGACUCUGAAAUACAUUGUGGCAACAAAGUAGCUUUGCCACACCUAGAUUAAAUUAAUGCAGGAGAGGGGCGACUAGAAGGUACAUGCUGAUGCUAUUCAAGAUAGUAUGUUUAAAUUGGAUUAUUGUGAUAGAAAAAUACACAUAACUAUUUAACAAAACUAAUUUUAUACUAAUAUAGAAAACCCGCAUUCAUACCGGCCAAUGUGGUUUACAUAAAUCAAAAUAUGCUAUGUGAAAUAAAAUCUAAUGAUGCUCAUGCAAAGCGAAUUUGGUUACUGGCUUAAAUGCUUUUUGUCAAACACUCCAAUUAAUUAAUAUUAUCUAAAGUUAGAUUUAAUUGGGACAUUGAUGCAUCUUGCUGCAUUUUUUGGUAAAGAGCUAUAUAAAAUACUGGGCACUGCUCAGCAAAUAGCUACCAAUAAAACUAUUAUCCUAUCUCUUUUAGCCGUUUAUGUAAUUAAACAUUACAAUUAAUUGCUGUACCAAUUUAGUGGAAGUAUGCAGUGCUCAUUGCUUUAAAUAUGAAUGACAAAUUCUGACGUAAAAACAGCCUCUGUACUUGAUUUCUUCCUUAUUUGAACAAUAUUCCAUAGACCUUGAUGCUGGAUAUGUAAAAUCUCAUUGACCAUGUCGUACUUUGGUCUUUUAAACAACUUGACACCUUAUCAAAGCAUAUCGCUUAACGAAAUAGAAAUAAAUGUUGUGCACGAGAAAUGCAGAGAGAUUAAAAUAUUCUUUGUUAUGGCUGCUGUCCCAGAACAGAACAUUAGCAGUGUUGCUUGUGAAGUGUGAGAUGCAUGCUGUGAUCUAUUCCUUAUUUAAUAUGCUGCUCGGGGAUUGGAUAGUCUUUGUGCAUGAAUUGUUAAUAUCUUUGUUAAAGGAAACUCCGAGGCAGCAAGUUUAGGUUUUAAAACAUUUAAAGGUUGAGUCAGAGAAAAAAAAGUAGACUGUGAAUAUUUUAUACUAAUAGGGUUGAGUUUUGGGGUAUAUUGUACACAACUGAAUUUUCUUGAAUAAGUUGCUUAUAAACACUUUCUAACCUAAUUUACCAUGUUUUAAAUGUGGAAACAGGUUGGCAAAUCAUUUUUGCACAAAUACAGUUAAAUAUCAAUACCUGAAUACACCCGACACUUAAAAGCACUACCUUUGUAAAGUACAGCUAUAGUCCAGAAAACACUGGCUGCUUAUCCAUUUGUGCAUCUCAUGGGCCGGAACGAUAUUGGUCAAUGUCUCACCUGUAACAGACCUUUCCUCAGAACCCAGGCAUCCUAUUUUUCUAAUCCUGCUGUAAAUCCAAGAACAUUACCUAUGACUGAUAGAAAAGGAUUGAAAAUAUGAUUGCAGGCACAGAAGAUCUGCAAAUGAUCUGGCCUUCUGUUACUGUAAAAUCAAAAAAUAAUAAGGUUUGUGUACACUAAAAUCUCUUAUCUGGAACCUGCCAGAUUUGCUGAGUGCUAAUAAACCUUCCAAUGUUCAAUAGAUUCAGGAUCAGUUCCUGUGGAUUGGAAGAUAGCUAAUGUUAUCCCACUUUUCAAGAAAGGAGCGUUAGAGUGGAAGUUGGCGUGCAGGUACAGCAGGCAGUGAAGAAAGCUAAUGGAAUGUUGCAACGCCUUCAUAACAAAAGGAUUUUUGGUCUCUCCACUGGCUCCACGUGCGGUUCCGUAUACAUUUCAAGACCCUCCUCUAUGUCUACAAAGCCCUCAAUGGGCUUGCCCCCUCCUACAUUAAAAGUCUUCUCACCCACAAAUCCACCUCCAGGUCCCUCAGAUCGGCCGACUUGGGGCUGCUGAAUAUCCCGCGGUCUAGGCAUAAGCUUAGGGGUGACCGCGCCUUUGCGGUUGGAGCUCCUAGACUGUGGAACAGCAUCCCCCUUCCUAUCAGAACUGCCCCCUCCAUCGACUCUUUUAAGUCAAGACUAAAAACUUAUCUAUACUCCCAAGCCUUUCCUGACGUCCACUGAGCGAGGGUUAUAUGUAUAUAUGUAUGUAAUUUGUUUGUUUAUACUAUUAUAACUAAUGUAAAGCACUUUGGCUAACGAGAGUUGUUUUUUAAAUGUGCUAUAUAAAUAAAUGUGACUUGACUAGAGAAAACAAGGAAUUACAGACCAGUUAGCCUGACUUCGGUGGUGGGAAAGAUGCUGGAGUCAAUUAUUAAAGUAGUAAUAAUGGGGCAUUUGGAUAGCAGUAAAAUGAUUAGUCCAAGUCAGCAUGGAAUUAUGAAAGGAAAAUCAUGCUUGACUAAUCUUCUGGAAUUUUUUGAGGAUGUGACAAGUAAAAUGGAUGAAGGGGAGCCAGUGGAUGUAGUGUAUCUUGACUUUCAGAAAGCCUUUGAUAAGGUCCCGUACGGGAGAUUGGUGACUAAUAUUAGAGCACAUGGUAUUGGGGGUAGGGUGUUGACAUGGAUAGAAAAUUGGUUGGCAGACAGGAAGCAAAGAGUAGGAGUGAACGGGUCCUUUUCAGAAUGGCAGGCAGUGGCGAAUGGAGCGCCGCAAGGCUUGGUGUUGGGGGCGCAACUGUUUACCAUGUAUAUUAAUGAUUUGGAAGAGGGAAUUGGGAACAACACUAGAAAUUUUACGGAUGACACAAAGCUGGGUGGCAGCGUGAACUGUGAAGAGGAUGUUAGGAGGUUGCAGCGUGACCUGGACAGGUUGAGUGAGUGGGCAGAUGCGUGGCAGAUGCAGUAUAAUAUAUAGAUAAAUGUGAGGUUAUCCAAUUUGGUGGCAAAAACAAGGGGGAAGAUUAUUAUCACAAUGGGGUUCGGUUAGGUAAGGGGGAGGUACAGAGAGACCUAGGUGUCCUUGUACACCAGUCACUGAAAGUUGGCGUGCAGGUACAGCAGGCGGUGAAGAAAGCUAAUGGAAUGUUGGCCUUCAUAACAAGAGGAUUUCAGUAUAGGAGCAGAGAGGUUCUUCUGCAGUUGCAUAGGGCUCUGGUAAGACCACAUCUGGAGUAUUGUGUACAGUUUUGGUCUCCUAAUUUGAGGAAGGACUUCCUUGUGAUUGAGGCAGUGCAUCGUAGCUUCACAAGAUUGAUCCCUGGGAUGGUGGGACUGUCAUAUGAGGAAAGAUUGAAAAGACUAGGCUUGUAUUCGCUGGAGUUUAGAAGGAUGAUAGGGUAUCUUAUAGAAACAUAUAAAACCAUAAAAGGACUGGACAAGCUAGAUGCAGGAAAAAUGUUCCCAAUGUUGGGCGAGUCCAGAACCAGGGGCCACAGUCUUAGAAUAAAGGGGAGGCCAUUUAAGACUGAGGUGAGAAACCUUUUCACCCAGAGAGUUGUGAAUUUGUGGAAUUUCCUGCCACAGAGAGCAGUGGAGGCCAAAUCACUGGAUGGAUUUAAGAGAGAGUUAGAUAGAGCUCUAGGGGCUAGUGGAGUCAAGGG